AUGCCGGACGAGAAUGCGGGCGUGCUGGACGCAUUCAGCGACGUGAGUGAGUCUUCAGACAGUGAUGAGGAGCCACUACACAUAAUGGAUCCAUCCGAUCCGCGAGCACAUCGUCCAGCACCAUCUGUCGUGCAACCCACACGUAUUAAGACGAGCAAGACGUUACAGACUCAGAUGCCAUCACGGUGGGACUCAGACAAUGAUGUAGGUGAGCCAAUUACCGUCGAUUUGCAUGCGAAGAAUCAGAAGAAUGGAACUGUUGUCGUUGUCAAUGAUGAUGCUAAGGAGAACCCUAAGAAGAAGUCUAGUGUGACGCUGUCCAAGUGGGCACAGGCGCGCUUCUUGGUGCCUGCCAGCCAGCGCAAACUACCGGUAGUUGAAGAAUCAACUUUAGAGCCGUUAAAUGACUUUAUCCUCAGUGAUUUCAGCUCUCGAUAUCGUGGCGGCACGGGCAACGUGAAGGUGGAAAAAGAGAUUACAGCAGAAGAAAAGGUCGAGCAUAAAAUCAGUAGCAAAAUGCAAGUUGGUGCUCCUCUCUUUGGUACCAAUCUGAUGGAUGCACAGAAUAAUGAAAAGAAAAAUGAAGCCACGGAGAAUAAGAGCAAGAAGAAGAAGAAAAAGGAGGAUGGACGCAAGCGCAAAGAGAAUCGAUAUUUUGUCACGGAUCUUGCUACUAAAUGUUUUCAUUGUGGAGAGGUCGGACAUAUUGCAGGUGUUUGUUCAAACGACAAACUUCAACCACCAUGUUAUUAUUGCGCAUUACGAGGUCAUCAAGCUUGGGAGUGUCCGAAUUUACCGUGUGCAAAUUGCCUGCAGCUAGGACAUCAAGAGAAUACUUGUAAUAAACGUACCGCAAAUUUAAAUCCAUGUGGCAUUUGUGGCCGUCAAGAACAUGAUGGAAAGAAGUGUGACAACGUUGGGGAUCCCGCGGCACUGACUUGUAUGUUUACUGCCCUCACUGCUCGAGAGAUCACACACUGGACAAAUGCAGAACGUACAGAGAGCCUGCUGCAACCGACUUUGCAACUCGAAUGGCUAGUGGACGUUCUAUACAGACGUGCUUUGUCUGCAACGAACCUGGUCACAUUGCUGCUGAAUGUUCAAAGCGAACGAAUGGCUAUGACCGACGUGGAAGCAACUGCUUUAAAUGUGGCAAUGCUGGACACUUUGCUGCUGAUUGCUAUGAGUCAAGUCUAA